AGUCAUCAGUGAGGAUUUACGACUGGUCAACAAAGGCACGUGAUUCCCGAGCGCUCUCCCAUAUUUGGCCGCAUACCUGGCAAAGUACAGUAGGGCUUCAUUGCUUAUAAUUCAUGAUUGCGUCCAUAAAUCGUGCAAGCACACAGGAUUAUAGCGACAAAGAUCUACAAAUCGAGGCUUUAAAAAUCCAAGCAAAUGAGCUCUUACUUUGUAAACUCGUUCUCAGGGCGCUAUCCAAAUGGCUCCGACUAUCAGUUACUAAAUUAUGGGACUAACGGCGCUGUGAGCGGCUCCUUCAGAGACCCUGGCACCAUGCACUCCGGGUCUUUCGGCUACAACUACAAUGGCAUGGACCUAACCGUGAACCGCAGCAACACCGGCGGCCACUUCGGCGCCGUACGGGAGGACGCCCGGGGAUUCGCGCCGGACGCCCGCUACAGACAGACGGCCAACUGCUCGCUCUCGUCGCCGGACCCGGUGCCGCCUUCGUGCGCCACGGCCGGCCGGGAGCAGCUGGAGCUCAAGAGCCCCUCUCCCCCCUCUGACCGGAGCGCGACCUCCUCGUCGGGCGGCAACAGCCUCGGCAAAGCCGGCGGCGCUCACUUCGCGGAGAUAGAGGACGCAGCAGCAGCCGCCGCGGCCGCCGUCGUCGCUGCCGAGACCGAGGAGGGCACGCACAGCGGCGGCAACGGUGGCGGCGGAGGCUCCGGCGCGGCAUCCAGGGCGCAGCAGCAACAGCAGCAGCACCAGGAACCCAACGCCACCUCCUCCACUCCCACGCCAAACGAGUGCCAAACGCCACAAAUAUUCCCCUGGAUGCGGAAACUGCACAUAAGCCAUGAUAUGACUGGACCUGAUGGGAAAAGGGCCCGAACCGCGUACACCCGCUACCAGACGCUAGAGCUGGAGAAAGAGUUUCACUUCAAUAGAUACCUAACCAGACGGCGGAGGAUAGAGAUAGCCCACGCCCUGUGUCUUUCCGAGAGACAGAUCAAAAUCUGGUUUCAGAACCGCAGGAUGAAGUGGAAGAAGGACAAUAAGCUGAAAAGCAUGAGCCUUGUGACAGGAGGCAGCGCCUUCCACAACUAAGCAACUUUUUUGGGGGGGGAGACACAAGAGUUUAAAAAAAAAAGGAAGAAGAAAAAAAGAAAAGUGUUAAUAAAAUUCCCCCCAAAAAACGAGAAAAAGAUGAGUACUGUAAAGCUUUUGAAAGCGCAGCACCUUCCAGCAUGCCAUUGUGAUAGGAAAAGAAGUAUUCUGUGGUUAUAAAAUGCCAUUUUUUUUAGUUUACUGUUGUUGUACUAUUAUAGCUUUGAUGUCCUAUUUGAGGGGGUUUAAAAAAGAAUAAUAAGAUGUAAAUACUAUUCUGCGAGUUUUGUCUCUCUUUCUGUCUCUUCUGUCUCUUAAAGUUGAGCUCUUUAUUGUAACUUCUUGACGGUCUAACAGGAGUAAAAAUCGUUGUACAGUUAAAGAAGAAGGAAAAAAAAAAAAUCCCAAACCAUAUGCUGCUCUUCAUUGAAUGUAAAGCGCUUUUAGUGAUGGUUAUUUGUGGCCAAAAUCCAUAGAAAAGUUUCAUAAGCAAGCCAAUGUGUAGCUCUAUAGGAUACGUUGUGCGUUUAUUAUUAUUAUUAUGAUAUUAUUAUUAUUAUUAUUCUAAUUAUUAUUGUUUAGAAUAACAAGCAAUGCAAGUGUAUUCAACCUGUCAAUGUGAUGAAUUUUUAGUGCAAAGGGUUAUUCUGUGGACAUAGGCAGUGAUGUGAGCUUUUUUGAGCUUUUUUGUAUUUGUAAGUGAACUCAUAGCGCUUGAAAAAUAAACUUUCCCUCAGUUGA